AACGCUCAUCCACAUCAUCUACAGAUCUACCAAUCGCCAUCGCUGGACCCAGUUUGUUGCUCAUCUGCCAAAAUGUGAUUUAUGAUGAUGCCGUAGCCCUAGUGCGGGCUCUGUAAAUUUACCGACAGCUUAUCUGGGAGAUACCGGGGAAUCCCUGCAAGACCGUGCGUCUCACUGGACGUUUAACGCAUUGACCUUUGACUGGCAGCGAAUGACAAAUCAAAGGUCGGUGUGUGUGUGAGAGGAGUCGGGGUUCAAAGCGCAUCUCCACCACUGCACAAGACGCAAUCCUGGGAGAAUGGUAGAAGCCCUCUGACAGUUGGUCGAUAGCGGCGGAGAUAGCUUCAGUGUCAGCAGAGGGAGCAGCAACAGCGGCAGCGCCACCCUCGCAGGCUCCAUAUCGGCCACCCUAGGACCGAAGGCAGGCCCGUUGAGAGAGGAGGACUGCAGCACCAUGGACAGCUCAGAAAUGGAUGCCAAUUAUGGCGGAGGACUGUUGGAUAUGGUAAAGGGAGGAGCUGGCAAGUUCUUCAGCAACUUCAAGGACAACUUGAAGGACACUCUGAAGGACACCUCCACCAAGGUCAUGCAUCAGGUGGCCACGUACACAAAAGGGGAACUAGACAUUGCUUACAUCACAUCACGGAUCAUAGUGAUGACCUACCCAGCAGAGUCAGUGCAGAUUGGCUACCAGAACCACGUAGAGGAUAUUCGCUCCUUCCUCGACAGCCGCCAUGCCGACCAUUACACUGUCUUCAAUCUGUCACAGCGCAACUACCGCGGCGCCAAAUUCUCCAACAGGGUUUCCGAGUGUAACUGGCCUUCUCGCCAGGCUCCCAGCCUCCACAACCUUUUUGCUGUGUGUAAAAACAUGCACAACUGGCUCAAACAGAAUCCCAAGAAUGUGUGUGUCAUCACCUGCUCGGAUGGUCGGGCUCCCUCGGGUGUUUUGGUUUGUGCCAUGUUCUGCUUCUGCCACCUCUUCAACAAUCCAGUUCCUGCGAUGCAGCUACUCAGCGCCAAGAGACCAGGAUCUGGCCUCUGGCCCUCACACCGCAGGUACAUAGGCUAUGUGUGCAGCAUGGUAUCAGAGAAGCCCAGUCUACCCCAUUCCAAGCCCUUGAUGAUCAAGGGUCUUACAAUGAGUCCGGUACCCUGCUUUAACAAGCAGCGCAGCGGCUGUCGGCCCUUCUGUGACGUCCUUAUUGGAGAGACAAAGAUCUUCAGCACUGCACAGGAGUAUGAGAGGAUGAGGGAGCACAGGAUCCAAGAGGGUAAGGUCGCCUUUCCUUUAGGUGUGAGUGUGCAAGGCGACGUCGUUGUUUCAGUGUACCACAUGAGGUCGACCAUCGGAGGACGUCUCCAGGCCAAGGUUUCCAACACACAGAUAUUCCAGAUUCAGUUCCAUACUGGCUUCAUUGCUCCUGGUACCACUGUGCUAAAGUUUAGCAAGCCAGAGCUGGAUGCCUGCGACUCUCCUGAGAAGUAUCCCCAGCUUUUCCAUGUGAUACUGGACGUGGAGGUGGAGGGGGUGGACAAGCAGAAAGACCUGACACCGCCUUGGGAGCAGUUCCCCUGUAAAGACCUCAACCCCAAUGUGCUCUUCUCCUGCCACCAGGAGCAUCAGGACGCGCUUGCUAUCGCUGAGCCAAGUCGGCCUCAAGGAGGUGCAGACGGUCGUGGUCACGGCGAGGAGAGCGAGCCCUCAGAUGAUGAGAUGCUGUCUCUAUCCAGCCAGCGAAGCAGCGCCAGCACGGCCCCCCAAAGACCUGACCCCCCUCCAAUGCCUGGCGCCCGUGCACCUGCGGAAGAAGUGGAUCUACUUGGCCUCGAUGGGGAAGAGAUCAACCGUCCUUCAUCUCAGACCCCGUCCGCUGCAGGCGCAACAACUGACCUUCUAGGGGACUUGUUUGGGGGCCCACCCCAGCCAACCAGUGGGGGGUCAUCUGCCCAGUCCACACCACAGAAAGUAGUCCCGAACACUGCAUCACCGUGUCCUUCACCUGCACCAACAGCAUUUGAUCCCUUUGGGACAGGUCCCAUGCCUAAGCCUCAGGACAUGAUGGGUUCAUUCCUUACAACAGGUAACGUGGGGCAGCCAGACCCCUUCCUGCAUGCUGCUCGCUCUCCAUCACCCACCCUGCAGCCUGGCCGAAACUCCCCCGUCCCACCCACCACCCCAACAGUCAACAUCCAGCAGCAAAACGCGAAGGGAGGGUGGGACUGGAACAGACCCGCUACUACAAGCACAGGAGCAGGGUUUGGUAUGGGAAGUCUGUCAGCAACUACGAGCCCCACAGGCUCAGUCCACAGCACCCCCACCCACCAAACCAAACCAAACGUCCUGGACCCAUUCGCUGACUUAGGCAACCUUGGUGGAAGCCUUGGAGGGUCCGGCUUCUCCAGCAAACCGACCACUCCUACUGGGCCUACCCCUUCCAUCCCUCCCAUGGGUUCCCCUUCGCGACCUCCCCCAUCUCCCCAGCACGCAGGAGCAGGCUUCCCUUCGUGGCAGCCAGGUGCUGGAGUUGGCGGAGGAUGGCAACCGCAAGGACAGGGCCCUGCACCACAGCCAAAGCCCAGCCCCAGCCACACCCCCAUGCCGCACACAUCGCCCGGGAACCGACCCAACUACAAUGUUAGCUUCUCAGCGAUGGGAGGGGGCUCACCCAGCGCAGGGGUUAAAGCACAGGCUGCCAUGGGUACUAAGCCGAAAGUCGUGAAUGCCAACUUUGAUGACCUGCUGUCUGGUCAGGGCUUCGCUGGGACUAAAGAGAAGAAAGGGCCCAGGACUAUAGCAGAGAUGAGGAAGGAGGAGAUGGCCAAAGAGAUGGACCCUGAGAAAAUAAAGAUUCUGGACUGGAUCGAGGGGAAGGAGCGUAACAUACGCGCUCUGCUCUCCACCAUGCACACUGUGCUGUGGGAGGGGGAGACACGCUGGAAGCCUGUAGGCAUGGCUGACCUGGUCACUCCAGAACAGGUCAAGAAGGUCUACCGCAAAGCAGUCCUGGUCGUGCACCCAGAUAAGGCCACAGGACAGCCCUAUGAACAAUAUGCCAAGAUGAUUUUCAUGGAACUAAAUGACGCCUGGUCAGAAUUUGAUAGUCAAGGACAAAAACCCCUCUAUUGAAUAAAUAGUGAGAGAAGGGAGUAAGAAGUGGAUGCCCCUCCUGAUUCUGUCAUCUAAUCCUCUUAAAAGUGUGUCACCACAUUUGGUAGACAGACUGCAGCUCCCUCUCCAACCUCGCCUUUAUACCUGUGCUUUGACCCAUGUUUCUCUCUUCACCGAACACAAACACGAACAUUCUGUCGAUCUACAAAGACAGUAAAAGACAACAGCACUCCAGUGACUAACAGUGUGACUGCUCAAAAGAACCUACCUGCUGUAGGUUUGUGGUGAGACAUUACCCUCCCUUGUUAAUUGUCUUUAGCCGUGAAACCAAACGAGCAAUCAAAGCAAAGUCACCGGGACGUCUAGAAAAAAUAAAUAAAUGCUUGAUUCAAAGGAGACGGAUCAAAAGUGACAAAAGAUGGUGGUCACCCGACUGAGAGAAAAAUACGUCAGAGAUUAAAUUGAGCAAGCAUUUCAAGGAGUGCUUUUAAAUAUGGGAUUCAGGUAGUCUGUAAGGCACAAAUAAGCAUUUAAUAUCAAUUUAAGCCACUUACACACAGAACAAUGGUUUUCCAUCCGAAAUAGGGCUGGUUGGAGGUACAAAUUAAUAAUCUUUCUCUUUUAAAAAGGUCGGCUUCUGUAUUAGCGCAUUGCUGGCAAAAAAUUGCUGACGGUUAUUGAAAAUGAAAAAGAAGGGGCUCUUUAAUGAAAACACAGAUCAGAAGGCUGCUCCCAACCUAAUAUACAUAUAACAGAUUAACACUAUGGUGUUUUUACUUUAAGUGAAUGAUUCUUGAUGUGUGUUCCCAUGUUUGCAAGGAACCGAGUAUGUAUACUGUAUUUUGAGAAUAGCACAUGUACAGAUCCAUACAUGAAGCACCUUGAGGCUUCAUGCGCACUCACUCAUACAGUAACAUGUUUCUUUGCAGGCGAGCUGUGCGAAAGCACAAACUUUACUGGGCGCAGCUUUGACGGAAAGCCAUUGUUAUUUAUUUAUUUGUUCAUUUUUGUUUGUCUUUUUAUUGUUUUAUGUGUCAGGACUGCUAAAUUAUUUUUGUUAAAAUUAACUGCACAUGUUGUCAGCUAAUGUAUGUAAAGGACUACGGUUAUUUAAGGCAACUAUGUUUAACUCAUUUACUGACAAGCUAAAGAAGUAAAACAGGAAUGUCUUCUGAGACUAUAUUAGACUAUGAGAGCCUUUUAUAAUCUGCAAUAUCUAUUUCCAAACAACAGAUGUGGCAAUUACUAUUAUUACUGACAUUUCUAUUCAAACUCUCUAAAUUGCGAGUCGCAGGGUGAAAUUGCAGGAUCGAGAAUGCCACAUACUGUAAAAUGAUAUGAGGGAAUUAAUGUGCUUUACUGAAACGCAUUUCUCUCAAAUCCCUCACAUUACAUAUCUGCUGUUAUAUCAAAACACUCAUUUGCAGUGAUUGCAAAAUGUUUUUUAAAAUACUUUAUGUAUUUGUUUGUUUACAUGUGUGACAUUUCCAUCACAGCACUGACACUUUAAUUUGUAAUUAUCAUGCAGCUUUUAUUCUGGAUGAGAACUACUCACACACUUUCAUAUUAAAGGUAAAGGAAUAUGUUGCAGUUUUUAAUAGUUUGAAUCUAAAACAGAUCUAAAUUUUCUCCAUAUAGUUUCAAUAAAAUACUGAUGGUUCUGUUCCAAUAAAAAAUGUAA